AAUGUAGGUAGGUAGAUGACAUUGGCGGGUGAAAAGGUACAGAACAGCCCGACUGAAGCUCCUAUAAAAGGAAGAUUUUCCGCUGAGAGGAAUAGUGUUUCAAGUGCAUUCGAACAGUCCGUAUACCUUUACUCGUUCUUUUUCGAGAUGAAAUAUUUGAUCAUUUGCUUGUUUGCUUUCUUCGCCAUCACCAUGGCUCGUCCCCAAUUCGGCUUUGGUGGAUUUGGAGGAUUCGGGGGACAGCAGCAGCAACAAGAGCAAUACGGUGGAGGCUUUCCCGGUUAUGGCGGAGGGUUCGGGCAGCAACAACAGCAACAAGACGGCUACGGAGGCUUUGGAGGUCAAGAGCAACAACAGCAACAAGCCGGUUUCGGAGGCUUUGGAGGUGGCUUCGGUCAGGAGCAACAGCAACAGGGCUUUGGUGGAUACUUUUGAUAAUUUCCAUGUCAUUAAUUUGUACCAUAAAGCCAUGUGGGAGUAUAGUAUCUUGAUUAACAAAUAAAAAAUUUUAAAUGAAAAAA